GAACUCCUGAGUGUGCGAGUCCUCCGCCAUAUUGACUGUUGUCUUGACUGGAGGAGAUAGAGAACAUUUUGAGGUCCGAGAAGAAACGAAAGUGUGCUCUUAAAAUCACCGAAACUGGUGCAAACUUGGUCAAAGCGUACUAUAAACAACGUCGUAAUGGCAAGGAAGAAAAGCAAGCAGCAAGGGGUCGCCCAGAAGGAGCUUGUGCCUGGACAGCAGAGCGCACCGAAGAGCCCUGUCUCUCCCGGCGAUGCAGCUGGCGGUGGCGGCGGAGAUGCUGGGCUGGAUAGGCUGCCCACUACCAAGGCGAACCAGCCUAUGCACACCUGCUGUCUCCUGUGCCAUCGCGAAUUUAAGGACUGGGGAGCGAGUUCUGUGAACGGGCUUCCCGGGGGCCAUGGAACGAAGCUGGCCAACGCCGUGCCUGCGCUCUCCCAAGCUUUAUUGCGGGAGGCUCCAGGGCGUAAGCUCGCUGAUGCUGUGCCCUCACUAUCUCAGUCCCUGCUGGGAGAGGUGCCUCUGUGGAUCUGUCAGAGCUGCUGCAGGAGUGUGGAAGAGGAGGAGAAGCGGAGCAUGCAGGAGCAGCCAACACCGGUACCGUUGUCACACUCUUCCUCCUGUAAGUCCCAGAGCUGUGGGAACGGUUACCCAGAGCAAAGUACUGUGGACUGGGACCCGAGUUCUUUCCUGUCGGCUCACAAACUGUCGGGUCUCUGGAACUCUGCCCACACCAACGGAGGGGAACACUGCAACCACAGCACUUCUUCACACUCACAACAAGGUAUAACAGGAGUUUCAACCUGUCAUGAGAAAAGAGGACUUAAUGAAGCGCCCGGGAAAUCGGCUAAAACGUCAGGGAACAAAGUAUGUCCCUACAGUCACCCAUCAACCCAGAAUUCCAGUGGAUCCUCUGCUGGGAACGCACUCUCUACCUCAGCAGACCUUUGUAAGACCACUCCCAAGCACUUCAAGACCAUGUGCCGUCGACCAACGCCACCAGGUGAAGCCUUCCACCCCAGUGACCACCAUCAACAUACAGACUUAUCGGUACCCCCCAACAGUCCCACCGGCCUGUCUUCCCAGCAUUCCUCUCUCCUACCCGCAAAGCCGAACUCUGGGCAGCACGGCCACGUGACCUCCUCCUGUGGCACUGGCGUCGCAGCGCACGCACCCUUCUCCCCUCUGGUACCAAACCUCCACGGCCCCGCAGCCAAAAUCAAUUCUCCGAGUCCAGAUAGCCCAACAUCUGUCCAUAAACCCAGCCCGUGCAAAAACUCCCACAUUCCCGCUGUGAACGCACAACACAGCAAACUGGGCACGUCUGUCGUGGGUUGUAACCACUCCUGUAAUGGGCACAAUCCGGGAACAGUAGCCACCUCCAAUGUAGGUCAUGUAACACCUGGGGCAUGCAGGGAUCAAGCAUGUAAGGGGCACAAGGUGACUAAUGGGACGUUAUGCCACCCUUCGUCUGAGCUGGAGGAGGGUGAGGAUGAAGACAGCAGCUCUGAGAGGAGCUCCUGUGCCUCUUCUUCCACAAAUCAGAAAGACGGGAAAUACUGCGACUGCUGCUACUGCGAGUUCUUUGGACACAAUGCGCCUCCAGCUGCACCGACCAGCCGAAACUACGCCGAGAUCCGAGAGAAGCUUCGCUCACGACUGACACGGCGUAAAGAGGAGCAGCGCCAAGAUUCAGAACUGACAGUGGCUGGUGCCAUCGACAACCGGGACGUGGACGAGCUGCUAGACUUUAUAAACAGUUCUGAGCCCAAACCUGUCAACAGUGCCAAGGCUGCCAAAAGGGCUCGACACAAACAAAAGAAAAAGGAAAAAGCUCAGCAGGGCAACACGGGCGCUGCAGGCAGUGACCCCCACUCCAAUCCAUCUGAGCCUGUCGACGAGCCCAUCCCUGAUGGUUCUGAAGCCAGUCGAUUGCUAGACUGGCCUCAGCUGGAACUUGAACGCGUUAAUAGUUUUCUCACAAGUCGGCUAGAAGAGAUUAAAAACACCAUCAAAGACUCAAUCCGGGCAUCGUUUAGUAUGUACGACCUCAAUCUGGAUGUCAAUGACUUCCCAAAGAAAGCAGCCACGUUGGAGGGAAACCAUUUACUGUCCCAUCUGAAUGGUUCCUCUGACUUGCAGCAGAUAGACCUUGACCUUUCCCCUCUUUCGCUGGGAAACUUUAAAAGCCACCUGGACCUGGUUAACGGAUGGGAGGAUACAAACAUUGUCUCAUCUUCUAAUAGCACCACCAGCACCACCACUGCAUCAGGGGUCAGUGCAACUACAAAGGACAUCCAGCGGUUGCACAGUACCCCCAGUCUCUCUAAGCUCAUAAGAGUUCGCUCACCAGAAAGAUGCACUUCCACUGGAUCUGACAAUUUACCACAGGUGCCAGCUCAAGCGACAGCUAAAUCAAAAGAGGACGCCUCUGAUCUUAAGAACACAACUGUUGGGAGCAAUGGUGCAAAGUCGAAGAAGAAUAAAAAGCAGAGACAGGAGCAGUCUGCGACGGAGCAAAAUUCCAGCAAACCAACCAAAGCCGCCUCUGGUAACGAAGCACAGAAAACCAAUGAGUCUAAAGAAAUGGCAUCUAGUGGCUCAAAGUCUGGAAGCAAACAGCCCCAGCUCAUCGCAGACCACCAGAAAAAUGGGCCUAAGAAAUCAGAAGAGAGCAGACCAUCCAAACAUGCAACAAAUGGAGCAAAUGGUGGCCCCUUGAGUGCACAAAGGGGGAAAAGCGACCCAGAGACACGAGGAAGCCGGUCUGAGCAGGAUUCAGAGAGCAAAACACAACCCGCUAUUCCAGCGAAUGGACAACAACAGCAACAGUCCAAGGGGAAAAAUAAGAAGAGCAAGAACAAGGGUGAAAAAUCCAACAGUGCAAUUGAUGAUGUAUUUCUCCCUAAAGAUGUGGAUCCAACAGAAAUGGAUGAGAUCGAUCGGGAAGUGGAAUAUUUCAAACGGUUUUGCCUGGAUUCUGCAAAGCAAACUCGCCAGAAGGUCGCAGUGAAUUGGUCCAACUUUAGCCUCAAAAAGGUUUCUUCCAAUGCAGCUCAAUAACUUGAACGAGUGCCAGAAAAAAACUUCACACCACAAACUCUUUCAGUAGAGCCCUAUUUGGCCCAAGGCCAUCUCUCAUUCCCAGUUUUCUUCUCUUCCAUACUAAGCCAAGGGACCCUGGUUCAAAAUCAUACUCUCCAUUCAGAAGACUGAAACUUGUGGCUAACAAAGCCAGGGAUCAUACUCAAAGCCAACUCUACCCUCUGCUACUAUUUGCAAUGUUCACUAAGUAAGAGAUGCAAAAGUGGAAAAAAAAAAGUCUGUUGAAUCAACUGCAUCUAUGUGCUUAAGUAUGUAGUAUGUAAUCAGUUACCUUACAUGAAAUAAAUGUUUUUAUCACAAAUCUGAGACAUUUUAACGUCGUUAAACGUCUGAAUUCCAGUUGAUUGAAUUUGGUGCUCAUCCAUUACGUCCUAUAUUUCUAUUUUCCAAUCCACUCCACCAGUCGAAAUAGACACUGUCUUAUAAACACUCUUACCAGUCUUCUCUUCUUGGAGCAGAGAAGACAGUUGCAUUAUAUUACUUGCAGAGAAGCCGCAGUACCUCUGCUGGUUGCUCACGGUUUUGAAUUAGAAUAAUGUUUAAUGUCAAUUUUAAAGAAAAUCAAUAACCGAAAAA